UAAUUCUCCAACAGAGCGUUCUUUCGUGAGUUCAAUACACCACACAGAGGAGAGGCAAGGGGAAAACCAAAACUAGAGUAGAAAGAAGAAUUUUUGGUCAAGCGAGGAAACAUGGCGGAAGCACUGGUACUGCGCGGCACAAUGGAGGGGCACUCAGACCAGGUGACGGCCAUUGCUACGCCCAUAGACAAUUCGGACAUGAUUGUGUCCGCCUCGCGCGACAAAUCCAUCCUUCUGUGGCAGCUGACCAAAGACACUAACUAUGGCGUGCCGAGGCGUCGCCUCACGGGCCACUCUCACUUCGUGCAAGACGUGGUGAUUUCAUCAGAUGGGCAGUUCGCUCUGUCGGGGUCGUGGGACGGUGAGUUGAGGCUCUGGGAUCUCAACACUGGCCUCACCACCCGGCGCUUCGUGGGGCACUCCAAGGAUGUCCUCAGUGUGGCCUUCUCCAUUGACAAUCGUCAGAUUGUGUCCGCCUCGCGUGACCGCACAAUCAAGCUGUGGAACACUCUGGGCGAGUGCAAGUACACCAUCCAGGCCGAUGCUGAUGGACACUCAAACUGGAUCAGCUGCGUCCGCUUCAGCCCCUCUGCCACCAACCCCACCAUCGUAUCGGGAUCCUGGGACCGUACCGUCAAGGUCUGGAACCUCACCAACUGCAAGCUCAAGAACACACUUGUAGGCCACGGCGGCUAUGUGAACACUGUUGCCGUCUCACCCGACGGUUCACUCUGUGCCAGCGGUGGGAAGGAUGGAGUUACUAUGCUCUGGGACCUUGCUGAGGGCAAGAGGCUUUAUUCGCUCGAUGCAGGGGACAUCAUCUAUGCCCUCUGCUUCAGCCCCAACAGGUAUUGGCUUUGCGCCGCCACGCAGCAGUACGUUAAGAUUUGGGAUCUGGAGAGUAAGAGCGUUGUUGCUGAUCUUCGUCCCGAUUUCAUGCCCACCAAGAAAUCCCAGAUUCCUUACUGCACAAGUUUGAGCUGGAGUGCAGAUGGAAGUACAUUGUUCACUGGUUACACAGAUGGAAAAAUCAGGGUCUGGGGAAUUGGACAUAUUUGAAUUCAAAGUAGUACUUGAUUUGUAUGUGAGCUUGAACUUCUGUGACAAACGUAUUUUUUUAAAAAGCUUAAAUUGUUUCGGCUGAAGUAGGAUAAAUUGUUUUUGCAUUUGAAUUUUGAUAGCUGUAUCAGAGUUUUCUCUGAUGUGCAAUGAGGGAUGUAAAAUUAAGGCAUUCUGAACUUCAGAUAAGUAAUCUACAGCUCAGAGUGGGCAUAUUAACUUAUGUAAGAAAAAUCAUAUGUAUUUAGAGUAAGUUAAAAAUGUUCUGAGGUCCUUUAAUAUAACAUGGUUAUCCAAGGAUUUAAUAAUGAUUGAAUCUGCGGAUUUAUGUUUCCAACAAAAUGCAAAAUAAUGAUUGAAGUGGAUCUAUGUUUGAACA